AGCUCCGCAACUUCAAUGAUAUCACAGGAAACAUAUCACCGAAAAUGCGGGAAUCAGCGAAUCAUACUAGAACAGGAACGUGUUCUAGGUGAUUAUGGAACUUACUGAUGGCUACAGUUCGUAUCUGCGUCUGUGGCGAUGAAGGCAUAGGCAAAAGCUCCAUCAUCACCUCCCUCGUAAAGGAUGUUUUCGUUACGCACAAGAUCCAACCUGUUCUACCACCCGUAACUCUUCCUCCCACGAUUGGCACUCCCGAGAAUGUCACAACAACCAUCGUCGACACGUCCGCGCUUCCACACGAGCGCAACGCGUUGAAGCGCGAGCUGCGAAAAGCCAAUGUCAUCCUCCUCGUCUACUCUGACCAUUAUAGCUAUGAGCGGGUGGCGCUCUUUUGGAUGCCCUUCUUCCGGUCGCUGGGCGUCAAUGUCCCCGUCGUGCUGUGCGCGAACAAGUCCGACCUGCAACGCAAUGGCAGCACACCCCAGGUGGUGUCGGACGAGAUGUUGCCGCUGAUGAACGAAUUCAAGGAGAUCGAUUCCUGUAUACGGACGAGUGCCAAGGAGCAUCAUAACAUCAACGAGGUGUUCUUCUUAUGCCAGAAGGCUGUAACGCAUCCUAUUGCGCCGCUGUACGAUACAAAGGAGGCUGCCCUCAAGCCAACUGCCGUAUCUGCGCUCAAGCGGGUUUUUUUCCUUUGCGAUAAGGACCAAGACGGCUACUUGUCCGAUGCAGAAGUCCACGCUUUUCAACAGAAAGUAUUCUCUAAAGAUAUCACAGAUUCGGAGGUAUCAGACAUUAGAAGAACAAUUGGACGAUACUUCCCGGAUUCCGAGUCUGAGCCAGGCGUCUCAGAGGCAGGAUUUAUCCUGCUCAACAAGAUCUUCGCUGAGAAGGGUCGCCAUGAAACAAUAUGGCUCAUUCUCCGGAAAUUCAACUACACCGAUAGCCUCUCCCUCCGGGAUUCCUUCAUCCAUCCCAAGUUCGACGUCCCUCCGUUCUCCAGCGCCGAGCUCUCCCCCGAAGGCUACCGCUUCUUCGUCGAUCUCUUCCUCCGCGCCGACAAAGACAACGACGGCGGGCUGUCCCCGUCCGAGCUCUCCGCGCUCUUCGCGCCAACACCGGGCCUGCCACGCCAAUGGGCCGAAGCCGACUUCCCGUCGGAAACGGUGCGGAAUGAGAACGGGUACAUUACUUUGCAAGGGUGGCUGGCGCAAUGGAGCAUGACCACCUUUGAGUCGCCUACCACGACUCUUGAAUAUCUUGCCUACCUUGGCUUCGAACCCUCCUCGUCUAGCACCACUUCCAAUACCCCUACCCUCUCCGCCCUCCGCACGACUAAGUCUCGCCGCCGGCGUGCUGGGGCUCGUCCACCGGCUCGUGUGGAACGAAACGUCUUCCUCUGCUAUGUCAUCGGUGCGCCAAGCUCUGGCAAAUCCUCCCUUCUCGACGCGUUCCUCGGCCGCUCGUUUUCUCCGCUCUACCAUCCCACCAUCAAGCCGCGCUCCGCUGUCAACAGCGUCGAGCUGCGCGGCGGCAAGCAGUGCUACCUGGUCCUCUCCGAACUAGGCGAGCUGGAGCCCGCGAUCCUCGAGAACCGGGCGAAGCUCGAGGCGUGCGAUCUGCUCUGUUUCUGCUACGAUGGGUCGGAUCCCGAGAGCUGGGGACAUGUCACCGGGUUGCUGGAGAAGUAUAAGCAUCUGGAGGAGGUCCCGGCCGUCUUCGUUGCGCUGAAGGCAGACAGGGAUAAGGCGAUGCAGAGAGGUGAAGGGGGGCAGCCGGAGGAGUGGGUUGCUGCCCAAGGCUGGCAGCAAGGGCCUGUCCAUGUUAGUGUGCAAUGGGGGAGCAUUGCAGAGGUGUUUGUGAAUCUUGCUGAGUCGGCUAUGUACCCUGGCACUGCGUAUCCAAAGAAGGACGAUGAGCCGGUGGAAUAUACAAAUUACUAUCUUGCAGCUGGUGCGGUAAUGUGCGCCGCUCUUGCGGCUGGCAUUGUCUGGAGGCGGAACUUUAGUCCCUCAUAGAUGGGAGAUAGUUGGCUUGAAUCCCAAGCCUGGCACCGCAGCAAGCUAGCUUUGCUCGAGCCGUCUUCUUUCUCCAAAGUCACGUCCUAGUCACUAAGCCAUGAAGUUGUUUCGAAUCUAGUUUAAAAGGCUUCGUAAUACCAUGAUACGUUAGCCACCUGCUUGCGCUUCGUAUCUUCGAGUGUUUGGUUG